GAUUCGCAAUGGACAGCGAGAGCUUGCAGCAGCGCGAGACCAAGGCGAAGAACCUCCUCUCGUCGAUCGUCGCGCUCGCCUUCGCCGACGUCGAUGGCGCCGACACGGACGCGUCCAUCUUCUCGGCCGAAGCGCACCAGAUCCAGGCCAUGCUCACGGACCAGCACGUCUUCCGCUUCGUCUACUCGGGCAACGCGUACACCAAGUUCUUCAACCACAUGAUCACCAUGUCCAAGAACAGCGCCGUGUACAAGCAAGUCGCUGCGCUCGAGUACCUCGCCGUCAUCGUCGAUGGCAGCGCGGUGGAGCACCUCGAGGCGCGCGUGCCCAAGAUCCUCGACGUCGUCUUCCACGCGCUCAAGCACCAGCACUCGAGCGUGUGCGAGCCCGCCCUUCGCAUCUUUGGCGCGCUCUUGACCAACGCCGACGAGGCCUCGACGGACGGCCGCCGGGCCAUCGUCGAGUACGUGGCGCGUAUCGUGCCCGUCGUGCUCCAGCACCUCCACGACGUUCCGCUCACGGCCGAGACGACAACGUACUUUGCUGCAUCCUACGAUGCGCUUCUCGCCGGCCUCACGUACCACUCGACCACGUUCCGUUCGUUUUCGACCAAGGUGGAGCAGGCGUGCCUCCUUGUGCUCAACCCGCCCACGGACCUCGCGCUGGCGCGCCUCGUGCUCCCAAGCGCCGCCCGCUGCCUCGGCGCCGUGGCCAACGCGACGGCCGUCGACGCGACGAGCGCAGCGUGGACUCAGCUCGUGGAACGGUCGCUGCUCUCGUUGCACUACCAGCUCGACCUUGCGAGCGGCAAGGACAAUUCGAGCGAGUCGCGCAGUCGCCCCGCGUCGCUUAAGAACUGGGUCAAGGACACGACGUAUCCGUCGCUGCCGCUGUACCUCCAGGCCCAGCGCGUCGCCUUCAAGUUCGAAGCCCUCGGCGCGUUCCUCGAAGCGCUGCUUGGCAACGGCAGCGUGGCCGAGAAGGACGUCUCGGCCAUCGCACCCGAGAUCCUCGCGCUGCUUCGCCGCGCCUUUACCGUCCGCGCCGACGCGGUUGGCAAGCAGAGUGCUGUCUCGGAAGACGGCCGCAUGCUCCCGAGCAGUGUGCUGUACGGAAUCCUCGCGUCGUUGCAGUGCCCGCUCUACCGCGUCCUGUCGGCGCUCUUGCGCCGUGGCCACCUCACCUUGUACCGGUACGCGUCACUGCUCACCAAGGUCGUGACGCUCGCGUGUCAUGGCGCCAUGCCCGCCGCGCAUGACGCGCUCCACGCAACGCUCCAGGUCGUCGCCACGUCGCUGGGCGCUGGCGGCUAUGCGUCGACAACGACGUUCGUGCUGCAGUGGGUCCUCGCGUCCACGGAAGCGCUCCUCGCCCAAGCCAACGCCAAGUCGGGUCUCCAAGUGCAGUCGUCCAAGGCGCUCAACGCCAAGAAGCGUCGGCGCGACCAGCUCCCGCUCGUGACCGAGAGCACGGCCACGUCGCUGCCACUCAAUGACAAGCGUCGCCUGUCGACGCAGGUCAACGCGGCGCUGCAAACGCUCGCCGCGAUCUUGUAUGCUGCGGGCAGCUGGGUCGCCGCCGACGACCGCUUGCGCAUCGCCAACCUCGUCGCGUCGUGCCUCUCCGAGUCGGUGCUCUCGCUCUCGGCGGAGGCGGUGACGCUGCUCGGCCUUGCCAACGCAGUCGUUGUCGACGGCCACGGCCAGCGCGGGAUUGCCCUCGCGCAUUGCAUGCAGGCGUGGUCGAGCCGCCGCGCCGGCGACGUCCGGCACCUCGCACUGAGCGUCGGCGAGAGCAUCUUGCACCCGCGCGCACCGCCCAUGGCCAUCGACCUGACGCCGACGACGACCAACGCGCAUCGCCACGCUCAUCUCUCGACCAAGCGUCUCUCGGAGAAGCUCUCGAACGACAUGGACUGGGACGACGAGAGUGCCAAGGACGAGGAUGAGAAUGAGGACGACGACGAUGCCGAGGCCGAGGUCAAGGACGACGCUGUCGAGGAAGACGAUGAUGUCGAUGACGAGAAGGACCCGGCGAUGAAGCGGCACAAGGUCGACGACACCGUCGCAGAUGCCAGCACGGAGGAGGCGCUGGAGGAUGCCCCGGAGGAUGCGACGCCCGAGGUCGCGUCGGUGCCGGUGGCCGCGCCGGUGGCCGCGCCGGUGGCCGACGACGACGAAGAGUUUGAUUUCCCUGAUAUCGUCGACGAAGACUAGAUAUGUUAGAAGCCAAUAGACUCGGACUAUAUAAACACUGCAUGCAUGGAUCGUCCUUGGCC